AAGCCAUAUCUCUGUCCAGUGUCUGAGUUAUUUUGCCCAUUUUAAUCUUUUUUUUAUUGGCUUAUCUGAGAUAUGUCUUUUUCUUUGCAUCUCUGCCUAGAAGGCCAGCAUCCCGGAGUCGCCUCUUCACUGUUGACGUUGAGACUGGACCAAAGAGAACAUGAUGGCCAUUGAUCACAGACUUUCUCUACCCCUGGCAAGUUUUAUUAUGGCCAUUUCCUUGACUACAACUACAACUCUGACAAGCUCUUCUGAGAGAGGAAAUAAUGCCACUGUCGCAAAUAUCCGUUUGGUUACUGCAAUCACAGAGACAAUGGCGCCAAACCAGACCUACACCACAGCCAUGUCAACUCCUUCAAAUGUCACUGUUGACAGUGCUCUCUCUACUACAAGUUACCAUAACUCAAGUCAGAACAGCACUGGAACAACAACUCACAAUGCUGUGCAGGACAACUCAACAACCACAACAGCACUGGCUGUGAGCUCAAACACAACCACUGAGUCAACACCAUCAGCUUUGGCCCCUACAGCUAAUGCUACAUCUGCAGCCAUUACAGUCCCAGGUAUUGUCCCCUCCACUGCACCAACCACCCAAGCAGCCAAGACCACUGAAAACCAAAACAGUACAUCAACUAUCCCACCACAACAAUCCACUAAGAAUCUUCCUCAAACCACAAAUGCCGCCAUGUCGAUGACAACCGCAACACAUAAUGUGACACAAGGUUUUGGACUAGACAAUUCAGAAAAAGGCAUGACGGUUUUCUUCAGUGUUGUGCUUGGGGUGUUUGUUUUGGGAAUAUUUAUGUACAUGUUGAAUAGAUGGAACCAGAUGAGGCAAUACUCACAUCGACCUCUCCAUAACAACUCUGAGGCCGAAGUGGGUGGAUCCCUAGCAGCAGACGACACACUUGUAAUUUCAGGAGGACUCUACGAUGGUUCACAAAUCUAUAAUCCAACUAUGACAACUACUGAUAUGACGGAGGAUGAGUUCAAUUUUGAUAACCGUCUACAUGUGUCCCAGCGAUCACAGUUCCGCCUGGAGUUCUUAACUGAAGAACGAGAGAGCUCCCCAGGCUAUGAGGCCUCUACCUUUCAUACUUUUCAGCCAAUUGAUGAUGAUUUUUAAUGUCAAAUCUAGCUUCUUCUUUUUUUACUCCAGUUUGUAAAUGAUGUCCAAACUAGCCAAUGGGCUUUUUUUAAACAUCACUUUAACAAUUGCAUUGUUUAUACUGUUGAAGUCGGAAGUUUACAUACACUUAGGUUGGAGUCAUUCAAACUUUUUCAACCACUCCACAAAUUUCUUGUUAACAAACUAUAGUUUUGGAAGUUGGUUAGAACAUGUACUUUGUGCAUGACACAAGUAAUUUUUCCAACAAUUGUUUACAGACAAAUUAUUUCACUUAUAAUUCACUGUAUCACAAUUCCAGUGGGUCAGAAGUUUACAUUAAUUACACUAAUUUGACUGUGCCUUUAAACAGCUUGGAAAAUUCCAGAAAAUGAUGUCAUGGAUUUAGAAGCUUCUGAUAGGCUAAUUGACAUCAUUUGAGUCAAUUGGAGGUGUACCUGCGGAGGUAUUUCAAGGCCUACCUUCAAACUCAGUGCCUCUUUGUUUAACAUCAUGGGAAAUGUAAAAUAAAUCAGCCAGGACCUUGUGAAGAUGCUGGAGGAAACAGGCACAAAAGUAUCUGUAGCCACAGUAAAACGAGUCCUAUGUCGACAUAACCUAAAAGGCCGCUCAGCAAGGAAGAAGCCACUGCUCCCAAACCACAAUAAAAAGCCAGACUAUGGUUUGCAACUGCACAUGGAGACAAAGAUCAUACUUUUUGGAGAAAUGUCCUCUUGUCUAAUGAAACAAAAAUAGAACUGUUUGGCCAUAAUGACCAUCAUUAUGUUUGGUGGAAAAAGGGGGAGGCUUGCAAGCUGAAGAACACCAUCCCAACCAAUAAGCACAUGUUGUGGGGGUGCUUUGCUGCAGGAGGAACUGGUGCACUUCACAAAAUAUAUGGCAUCAUGAGGGAGGAAAUUUACAUUUACAUUACAUUUAAGUCAUUUAGCAGACGCUCUUAUCCAGAGCGACUUACAAAUUUACGUGGAUAUAUUGAAACAACAUCUCAAGACAUCAGUCAGGAAGUUAAAGCUUGGUCGCAAAUGGGUCUUCCAAAUGGACAAUGACCCCAAGCAUACUUCUAAAGUUGUGGCAAAAUGUCUUAAGGACAACAAAGUCAAGGUAUUGGAGUGGCUAUCACAAAGCCCUGACCUCAAUUAUAUAUCAAAUCUGUGGGCAGAAAUGAAAAAGUGUGUGCGAGCAAGGAGGCCUACAAACCUGACUCGGUUACACUAGCUCUAUCAGGAGAAAUGGGCCAACAUUCACCCAACUUAUUGUGGGAAGCUUGUGGAAGGCUACCCGAAACGUUUGACCCAAGCUAAACAAUUUAAAGGCAAUGCUACCAAAUACUAAUUGAGUGUAUGUAAACUUCUGACCCACUGGGAAUGUGAUGAAAGAAAUGAAAUCUGAAAAAUUAUUCUCUCUACUAUUAUUCUGACAUUUCGCAUUCUUAAAAUAAGUGACCUAAAACAGGGAAUAUUUACUAGGAUUAAAUGUCAGGAAUUGUGAAAAACUGAGGUUAAAUGUAUUUGUGCAUGUAAACUUCAUACUUCAACUGUAUACAUUUUUUGUAUGUAUAUUAUUUGUAUUUUUUCUUCUUAGUACUUUUGUCACCCUACCAUUCCAUCUCUACCCUAAUUGGAUUCAGCUAAUGGACAACAAUACUUAUACCGCUACUUACAGUUAUUUCGCUCUAUGAUACCUGUAGUUAAAUAAUUAUAUAUAUAUUCCUAACUUCCUCUUUCUUCAAGUGUUGGAUUUUCACCCACAGCGGCCAAUCCAUUAUUCAUUCUGAUCUUAACUCCAUUGCUCCGAUGUCCACAGAUUAACCCAUCUUUCCCAGUAUAAUGGCAUUUUUCUAUUUUACAAUUCAUCCCUUCAUUUUACUAUGAUGUCUUACGAAGGGUCCUGUACUGUAUACUUUACCUAGGAGUAUAAUGAUACUUCGCAUUGACUGAUUGUGGUUUUUCAGAUUCCCUAACAAUGUAGGUUGCAGGUCCUGCUGAACACAGACAUUAAGACUGAACAACCAUUCCUGGGCCUGACUCCAAAAUCGAGCCACCAAUGGACUGUACCAUAAAAUAUGUUCUAUUGAUUCUGUGUCCUCAUGACAGUCUGCACAAGGCUGACUGUUCAAUGCCCAAUAUAUUGAGGAUUCAUUUUGUAGCAAGUAUUUUAUACUAUAGCUUAAAUUUAAAAUAAUUGAUUGAAGUGUCAAUUGUUGUUUUAUAUAUCAAUUCAUAGAUCCGAUGCCAAGGUAUUGAGCCAUCAAAAGCCUGUUCUAUAUAUAAUAUAAUAAUAUAUGCCAUUUAGCAGACGCUUUUAUCCAAAACGACUUACAGUCAUGUGUGCAUACAUUCUACGUAUGGGUGGUCCCGGGAAUCGAACCCACUAUCCUGGCGUUACAAGCGCCAUGCUCUACCAACUGUGCUACAGAAGGACCACUGUUCUCAUAUGACUUGAAUUUUAUACGGUAUUGCUGUCAAACACUUUGACUGAUACAUUUUUCGAUUUACACUACUCAUUUUAAACCAUUUAUGAUUUUGAAUGGGUGGCAGGCAGAUUCAUUCUUGGAAUUUCUUCAAAAAUUAAUGGUCUCUUCCCAUUUUGUGGCAGUGCUGCAAUGAGUUGGUUAUACUUUUUGGAUUGAGCAAAUACCUCCAUACACUGUUGUUAGUAUGCCUGUGUGACAUAAGUUUAGAAUUUUCUUUCAUGAUUUUUUCUGUAUCAGUAAAUUGGAGUUAAUAUUAUUCUAUUAUUAUUAUAUUAUUUGCUGUAAAAUUAGAUCUUCCUUUUCUGGAGGAUGGAAAUGAAAUUGUAGCCAACUCUGUAAAAAGGAGGACACUUGAAACUGAUUGUACACUAAGUGUACAAAACAUGAGGAACAUUUGCUUUCUCCGUGACAGUCUGACCAGGUGAAUCCAGGUUAAAGUUAUGAUCCCUUAUUAAUGUCACCUGUUAAAUCCACUUCAAUCAGUGUAGAUAAACGGGAGGGCACAGGUUAAAGAAGGAUUGUUAAGAUUUGAGACAUGGAUUGUGUAUGUGUGCCAUUUAGAGGGUGAAUGGGCAAGACAAAAUAUUUAAAUUCCUUUGAACAGGUUAUGGUAGUAGGUGCCAGGCAAUCUAGUUUGAGUGUGUCAAGAACUGCAACGCUGCUGGGUUUUUCAUGCUCCACAGUUUCCCGUGUGUAACAAGAAUGGUCUACAACCCAAAGGACAUCUAUCCAAGUUGACACAACUGUUGGAAGCAUUGGAGUAAUCCCUAUGGAAUGCUUUCGACCACCUUGUCGUCCAUGCCCCAUGGAUUGAGACUGUUCUUAGGACAAAAGGGAUUGAAACUCAAUAUUAUGAAGGUGUUCCUUAUGUUUUCUACACUCAGUGUAUAUACAGUGCAUUCGGAAAGUAUUCAGACCCCUUCACUUUUUACACAUUUUGUUACGUUACAGCCUUAUACUAAAUUUGAUUAAAUAUGUUUUUUUCCUCAUCAAUCUACACACCAUACCCCAUAAUGACAAAGUGAAAAAAGGUUUUUAGAAAUGUUUGUAAAUGUAUUCAAAAUAAAAAAACAGAAAUACCUUA